CCCUCGACGGGCUCGGGCAAGAUGGGCUGGCGGCGGCCCCUCGCCUGGCGGCCCCUCGCCUGCCUCCCGCUCGGCCUCCUCCUCCUCCUCUCCUGCGCCCUCGGCAACAAAGCCAACAAGCACAAGCCCUGGAUAGAGGCUGAGUACCAGGGCAUCGUCAUGGAGAACGACAAUACUGUCCUGCUGAAUCCGCCGCUCUUCGCUCUGGACAAGGAUGCUCCAGUGCGCUAUGCAGGAGAGAUCUGUGGAUUCCGGAUCCAUGGGGCAGGAGUGCCCUUUGAAGCAGUGAUCUUGGACAAAGCCACAGGUGAAGGAUUGAUUCGGGCGAAAGAGCCAGUGGACUGUGAAGCCCACAAGGAGCACACAUUCACCAUCCAAGCCUAUGACUGUGGAGAAGGACCAGACGGUACCAACACCAAAAAAUCCCACAAGGCCACCGUGCAUGUGCGAGUGAAUGAUGUCAACGAGUUUGCUCCAGUUUUUGUGGAGAAACUUUACCAUGUGGCAGUCACAGAAGGGAAACUGUAUGACCGCAUCCUGCGUGUGGAAGCCAUCGACGGUGAUUGCUCCCCUCAGUACAGCCAGAUCUGCUACUAUGAGAUCCUGACUCCCAAUGUUCCCUUCCUGAUCGACAAUGAUGGGAACAUUGAGAACACUGAGAAACUGCAGGUUAGCGGGGAACGCCUCUAUAAGUUCACGGUGACGGCCUAUGACUGUGGUAAGAAGCGGGCCUUUGAUGAUGCUGAGGUGGAGAUUCAGGUGAAACCCACCUGUAAACCCAGCUGGCAAGGUUGGAAUAAGAGGAUCGAAUAUAUUCCCGGCACAGGAAGCCUCGCACUUUUCCCCAGCAUCCACCUGGAGACCUGUGAUGAGCCUCUGUGGAACAUCCAGGCCAGUGUGGAGCUGCAGACGAACCACGUGGCCAAAGGUUGUGAUCGCGACAACUACUCCGAGAAGUCCCUGCGCAAACUCUGUGGUGCCGCUACAGGUGAGGUAGACCUGCUACCUGUCCCUAGUCCUACGGCCAACUGGACAGCACGGCUGUCGGUCCACUACAGCCAGGACAGCAGUCUCAUCUACUGGUUCAAUGGCAGUCAAGCCACCCAGGUGCCGAUGGGAGGUGGAACCAGUGCUCUUGAAGGGCUGAGUGACCAUUUCACCCUGUCCCUGUGGAUGAAGCACAGCGUGACACCAAACAAAGGCAAGCGGGAGGAGGAGACAGUGAUCUGCAGCACCAUGCAGAGCGACGAUGGAUAUUCUCAUUAUUCCUUGGCUGUGCACGGCUGUCGCAUCGCCUUCCUCUACUGGCCUCUUCUGGACAGUGCAAGACCUGUUAAGUUCCUGUGGAAACUGGAACAGGUCUGUGAUGACGAAUGGCACCAUUAUGCCCUCAACCUGGAGUUCCCCACCGUGACACUUUAUGUGGACGGCGUCUCGUAUGACCCUGCUCUCAUCCACGACAAUGGCCUCAUCCACCCUCCAAGGCGGGAAUCUUCUCUCAUGAUCGGUGCCUGCUGGGCUGAGGAGAAGAACAAAGAAAAAAUGAAAGGAAAUGAAAAUGCCACAGAUUUGGGGCAAGGAGACCCUCUACCGAUUCACCACUACUUCCACGGUUACCUGGCUGGCUUCACGGCACGCCCCGGCAGCCUGGAGAGCCGGGAGGUGAUUGAGUGCCUCUACGCCUGUCGCGAGGGGCUAGACUACAGUGACUUUGACAGCCUGGGCAAAGGGAUGAAGGUUCAUGUCAACCCUUCCCAGUCUCUUCUCACUUUGGAAGGGGAUGACGUUGAAACCUUCAACCAUGCCAUCCAGCAUGUGGCCUACAUGAACUCACUGCGCUUUGCUACUCCGGGGGUCCGGCCCCUCAAGCUUACCACUACAGUCAAGUGCUUCAGUGAGGAAUCCUGCGUCUCCAUUCCAGAUGUGGAGGGUUACGUGGUGGUGCUCCAGCCUGAUGCUCCUCAGAUCUUGCUGAGUGGCAAUUCCCACUUUGCCCGGCCUGCCUCUGACUUUGAAGGACCAGAGGGGGUCCCUCUCUUUCCUGACCUCCAGAUCUCUUGCUCCAUCACGCACCAGGUGGAGGCCAAGAAGGAUGAGAGCUGGCAUGGCACAGUGGCAGACACACGGAUGUCCGACGAGAUUGUUCACAAUCUAGAUGGUUGUGAGAUCUCGCUGGUUGGAGAAGACCUGGACCUGGAGAGGGAGUACCUGCUCAUGGAUGAAGCCUCACUGCAGCAGCGAGGCCUGGAGCUCAUCAACACCUCUGCCUACCUCACAGUCACAGGUGUGGAGAGCAUUGCUGUAUAUGAAGAGAUCCUGCGGCAGGUGACAUAUUGCACCCGCCGUGGUGCCGCCCUUUAUGAAAGGAAAUUUCGCCUUUCUUGCACUGAGAUGAAUGGCCGUUACUCCAGCAAUGAGUUCACCGUUGAGGUGAACGUCCUCCAUAACGUGAACCGAGCUGCCCACCCCAACCACAUCAUGAGUUCCCAGCAGUUCAUGCAUCGUGGCCACCAUCUACCACCAGAACUCUCUGGCCACAGUCUGGCAAAUGUCCACCGCAACUCAAUGGUUCCCAGUGCUGCUACCAUCAUCAUCGUGGUGUGCGUAGGCUUCCUGGCUCUGAUGGUGAUCCUGGGUGUCUUGCGCAUCCAUUCCUUGCACAGGCGAGGGGACGGGCAUGAAUGCACGGGCGAGUCCGCAGGGAGCCAAGACGGCACCAGGGCCAGUGAAAGUGAGAUGUUCUGGGAUGACUCUGCUCUCACCAUCAUUGUGAACCCCAUGGAGUCAUACCAGAACUGCCAGGAGCAAGCGGCUGAGUCUCAAGUCAGAGGGGCUGCAGAAGAGGAGGAGGACAGCAGUGACUUUGAAUCCCCCGACUCUCCGAGCAGCGACGCCCCUGGCGGCCAGCGCAUCAGGAGCCAGCGGGAUGCCCCCUGCCGCUACUAGAGGCAUGCAGGCGUGGACGGGUGGCGGGAGAAGAGGGAGGGAGGGCCAGCUUAGGUUUAAUACUGGAGGGGGGGAGGGGCUUGCUCCCACACCUUUUCUCUCUCUUUUUAUUUUCCUACUUCAAUGCCCUGCUUCUUUCCUGCUUUUUCCAGACCUCUCUUUUCGUAGUUGUGAAGACCAGCUUAAGGAGGCUUGGUGCCUCAAGUGGGCACCUUGAAUGGCACCUAAUCCUCCCACUGAUUCCUCAGGGGCAGACCCCCCCCCCCCCCGCCGGGA